GACCUUUCUAAAGCCUCUGUUGCACCGACCUGAGGAUCUACGCGGAUUUAUCAAACAAAGAAAUCGCCGGAGACGAUUUUGCGAUGCGGGACUGCGGCGGCGCGGAGUCGCAGAGAGCAGUCGUGUAAUUCUGAAGCCCUCGACCCGCAACCGGGACGUCAUGCAGCGGCGACGCCGCCGCCGCCGUUUUCAAUUGGUAUUCAACUUCCUGCUUUUCCUGCUGCUGCUGAUUGCGCUGAACUUCCUGCUUCACCACGUUCGGCAAGAGGACCCGGCGGGUGACCGGGAGCCCCCCGAGGUCGACUCCAACCACCUCCGCGGGCUCUUCCCUUAUCUAAUCAACGAGCCGUACAAAUGCCGAGAGAGGCGAGCGGCGCCGUUUCUGGUGUUCAUGAUAACCACGGAGGCGCCGCACGUGGACCGGAGGAACGCGAUCCGACGGACUUGGGCCGACGAGUCUUUGAUGCCAGCUGUGGGAAUCGUACGGAUCUUUCUGCUGGGAAAACACGACGGGGAGGCGGGGAGCGGAGAGCAGAGGACGCUCCGGAAAGAGAGUCGAAAAUAUCGCGAUCUGAUCCAGCAGGACUUCCUGGACUCCUACAAGAACCUGACCCUGAAGAUCUGGAUGGGACUGCACUGGGUGGCGCGGUACUGCCCGCGGGCCACCUACGUCAUGAAGACCGACAGCGACAUGUUCAUCAACACGGAGAACCUGAUCCUGAAGCUGCUCAGACCGGACUCAAAGCCCAAGACCAACUACUUCACGGGGAAAGUCCUGAAAAAUCUCUCACCCCAUCGGGACAAAACCAGCAAGUGGUACGUGUCCAAAGACGAGUACCCGGAAGAGAAGUAUCCCGACUUCUGCUCCGGGACCGGAUACGUGCUCUCCGGGGACCUGGCGCCGAAAAUAUACGCCGUGGCGCCGAGCGUGCGCAAAGUUUACUUGGAGGACGUCUACGUGGGACUGUGCCUGGCCAAGCUCGGAUUGAAGCCGACGGAACCGGCCGACGCGUUCUGGUUCAACCACCUGCGGGUGCCCGCGGUCGGGUGCCGCUACAACCGUCUCAUCACGUCCCACCAGCUGCGGCCCGAGGAAAUAGUUCAGUGCUGGAAGGCGCAUCGGGACAACAAGAAAAAAUGCGCCACGGACGUCGAUGUUUAGUUGACUUUUUUCAAAAAACGAGAAUACAGAGAAGCGAUAUUUCAAUUGCGUCGGCACGAUCGAGUUGAUUAUCGGGCUCAUCGCUAAACGAGGUCGAAUCCAAGCGGAAGCAGUGGAGAAGAAUGACAGACGUCCUACCUGGGUGUGCAAGGAGAAAGGCGCUACUGGCGUCCACGUGCAGGCGAAGAGCCAAAGCGGAUGGGAAGCAUCCUCACGAGAAGACUCGUCAAACUGUGACGCGCUCCGACUGCACGUCGCAGCCCCCCC